AGCAAGUAGACCCCGGAGGGAGGAGAAAAGCAGCGUGCUGGGCGGCCCCGGCCGUGGAAGGGGCGGGCUGGCCCGCCGGGGGUAGCUCCGCGCCGCCCCUAUAAAAGGCCCUGCGGGGCGGGGGCGCCCGGUAGCGGCAGCGGGGCCGGCGUCGGGGUCGGGAGCGGAGCCGGAGGGGAUCGGGGCGCGGAGCAGACGGCGGCUCCCCUCGGGACCGACGGCGGCUGCCGGCCGGGGAGGUAGGCGGCGGGGGGGAAGGACGCAUCCCGGGCAGCUGUCGGGGAGGCUCCUCACUUGUCCCCUCUCCGCCUGGAACGGGCGGCGCAAAGCUAGAAGAAAAACACAAAUGAGUUUAAUGCCUGGCCAGAACAUUUGUACUGUGUACUGCUGCUGCUACACAAAGGGAGCUUCUAGGCUUUGCUGAAGGAAGAUGGCUUUCUGGACUCAGCUGGGAUUGCUGCUAUGGAAGAACUUUACCUACAGAAGAAGACAGACUUUCCAGCUGCUGAUCGAAGUUGCCUGGCCUCUGUUUAUCUUCUUCAUCCUGAUCUCUGUAAGACUUUCAUAUCCGCCCUAUGAGCAGCAUGAAUGUCACUUUCCAAAUAAAGCUAUGCCUUCGGCAGGAACCUUGCCAUGGAUACAGGGGAUCAUCUGCAAUGCCAACAACCCAUGUUUCCGCUACCCAACUCCUGGGGAAUCCCCUGGUAUUGUUGGAAAUUUCAAUGCCUCCAUUGUUUCCCGCCUGUUCUCGGAUGCCAGGAGGUUACUGUUGUACAGCCAACAGGACACAAGUAUAAAGGAUGUCCAGAAGGUCCUGGGAAAACUACGCAAGUUGGGAAAUUCCUCUGGCUUAGACUUGAAACUUCGGGAUUUCCUGAUUGACAAUGAGACAUUCUCUGACUUCCUCCAUCAUAAUAUGUCUAUGCCAUCAUCUGCAGUAGAGGAGCUACUGGAUGCAGGGGUCAACCUGCAGCAGGUCAUUGUGUCUGGUUAUCGAAUGCGACUGAGAGAUCUCUGCAAUAGCUCAGCAUCAUCUGAAUUUCUUAUGAUCCAAAAUCAGAUGGCAGCCAUGGACUCUGAAGCCUUCAUUUGCACCUUGUCAAAGGAAAAACUCCAUGCAGCCGAGCAAGCCUUCCGUGCUAACCUGAAUCCUUUGAAGCCUCUUCAGAGACAACUUUCUUUCAAUUCCUCCUUAUGGGAUCUGUCAGAAACGGUGGAAACUUUGAGAGAGAGCGUUGGGAAGCUUGUUAAAGAGCUGCUGAGCAUGAAGAGCUGGAGUGACAUGAGGCAAGAAGUGAUGUUCCUGACCAAUGUGAAUGCCUCAAACUCCUCUACGCAGAUCUACCAGGCUGUGUCACGCAUCGUGUGUGGCCAUCCUGAAGGUGGAGGGCUCAAAAUUAAAUCCCUCAACUGGUAUGAGGAUAACAAUUACAAAGCACUGUUUGGAGGCAACAGCACUGAAGAUGAUGUGAUUAACUUCUAUGAUAACUCCACAACGCCCUACUGCAAUGAACUAAUGAAGAACCUGGAAUCCAGCCCGCUUUCCAGGAUUAUCUGGAGGGCUUUAAAACCCUUGCUGAUUGGGAAGAUCUUGUACACUCCAGAUACGCCAGCUAUAAGGAAGGUCAUGUCUGAGGUGAACAGGACAUUCCAGGAGCUGGGUGUGUUUCGUGACCUCGGGGGAAUGUGGGAGGAGAUAAGCCCAAAGAUUUGGACAUUUAUGGAAAGUAGUCAGGAAAUGGAUCUCAUUCGGACAUUGCUGAAAGGCAAAGCCCUCUGGGACCUGCACUUGCCAGCUUCCAACUGGACAGUGGAGGAUGUUGCCCGUUUCCUGUCAAACAGUCCAGAGGAAUUUGAGACAGAAAAUGGUUCUGUGUACACCUGGAUGGACGCCUUCAAUGAGACAGACCGGGCUAUGCAGACCAUCUCCCGCUUCAUGGAGUGUGUCAACCUGGACAAACUGGAGCCUGUGCCCACAGAAGUCCGGCUCAUUAACAAGUCCUUGGAACUUCUGGAUGAAAGGAGGUUCUGGGCUGGCAUAGUCUUCACUGAAAUAGCUCCUGACAGCACAGACCUUCCCCAACAUGUGAAAUACAAGAUACGCAUGGACAUUGAUAAUGUGGAAAGAACCAACAAGAUCAAGGAUGGGUACUGGGAUCCUGGUCCCCGUGCUGACCCCUUUGAGGACAUGCGCUAUGUGUGGGGAGGCUUUGUCUACCUGCAGGACGUGGUAGAACAGGCCAUCAUCAGGGUUCAGACAGGCACGGAGAAGAAGACAGGAGUUUAUGUGCAGCAGAUGCCCUACCCAUGUUACGUGGAUGACAUAUUUCUGCGUGUCAUGAGCCGCUCCAUGCCUCUCUUCAUGACACUAGCUUGGAUCUACUCAGUGGCUGUGAUAAUUAAGGGUAUUGUGUAUGAGAAGGAAGCCCGGCUGAAAGAAACAAUGAGGAUUAUGGGACUUGACAACGGCAUCCUUUGGUUAAGCUGGUUCAUUAGCAGCCUUGUCCCUCUCCUGAUGAGUGCAGGACUGCUGGUACUGAUCCUGAAGAUGGGGAAUCUGCUGCCUUACAGCGAUCCUAGUGUGGUGUUCAUUUUCCUCUCAAUCUUCGGCGUUGUGACCAUCCUCCAGUGCUUCCUCAUCAGUACUGUGUUCUCCAGGGCCAACCUGGCAGCUGCCUGUGGGGGCAUUGUCUACUUCACACUGUACCUGCCUUAUGUGCUGUGUGUUGCCUGGCAGGACCACAUCAGCUUCUCACUCAAGAUUUUUGCGAGCCUGCUGUCUCCAGUAGCCUUCGGUUUUGGUUGUGAGUACUUUGCACUGUUUGAGGAGCAGGGAGUUGGUGUUCAGUGGGACAACUUCUUUGAGAGCCCAUUGGAAGAAGAUGGCUUUAGCAUCACCACAUCAGCUGUCAUGAUGCUGUUUGAUACCUUCCUCUAUGGAAUCAUGACCUGGUACAUUGAAUCUGUCUUCCCAGGCCAGUAUGGGAUUCCCAGACCCUGGUACUUUCCUUUCACAAAGUCAUAUUGGUUUGGGGAGGAACCACAGGACAGGCAGCACCCCCAUCCUGACCAGAAAGGGUCUUCAGAAGUCUGCAAGGAAGAAGAGCCUGUGCAUCUGAGUCUUGGUGUUUCCAUCCAGAACCUGGUCAAGGUUUACCGUGAUGGCAAGAAAGUUGCUGUGGAUGGUCUCACACUUAACUUCUAUGAAGGACAAAUCACCUCCUUUCUGGGACAUAAUGGAGCAGGGAAAACCACUACCAUGUCCAUUUUGACUGGCUUGUUCCCCCCAACUUCAGGAACAGCCUUCAUCCUGGGCAAAGAUAUCCGCUCUGAGCUUAGCACUAUCAGGCAGAACCUGGGUGUAUGUCCACAACACAAUGUGCUGUUUGACUUGCUGACUGUGGAGGAGCACAUCUGGUUCUACGCUCGGCUCAAAGGGCUGCCGGAAAAGAAGGUGAAAGAGGAGAUGGAGCAGAUGGCAACAGAUGUUGGUUUGCCUCACAAACUGAAAGCUAGGACAAGCAAGCUCUCUGGUGGCAUGCAGAGGAAGCUCUCUGUUGCCUUAGCUUUUGUUGGUGGCUCCAAGGUUGUCAUUCUGGAUGAGCCUACAGCUGGGGUGGAUCCCUAUUCUCGCAGAGGAAUAUGGGAACUGCUUCUAAAGUAUCGGCAAGGUCGCACCAUCAUUCUCUCCACGCACCACAUGGAUGAGGCAGACAUUCUGGGGGACCGGAUUGCCAUCAUUUCUCAUGGCAAGCUCUGCUGUGUUGGCUCUUCUCUCUUCCUGAAGAACCAGCUGGGAACAGGCUAUUAUUUGACCUUGGUCAAAAAGGAUGUAGAUUCCUCUCUGAGCUCCUGCCGAAACAGCAGCAGCACAGUUUCCUAUCUGAAAAAGGAUGACAGUGUCUCCCAGAGCAGCUCUGAUGCUGGCCUUGGCAGUGACCAUGAAAGUGACACCUUGACAAUAGAUGUGUCUGCAAUUUCAAAUCUCAUUACAAAACAUGUUCCUGAGGCAAGACUGGUGGAGGACAUAGGUCAUGAAUUAACCUAUGUCUUGCCAUACAAAGCUGCUAAAGAGGGAGCUUUUGUGGAGCUGUUCCAUGAAAUUGAUGACCGUCUUUCUGAUCUUGGCAUUUCCAGCUAUGGCAUCUCGGAAACUACUCUGGAGGAGAUCUUCCUGAAAGUGGCUGAUGAUAGCGGUGUGGAUGCAGAAACCUCAGAUGGUACGUUGCCAGCCAGAAGGAACAGACGUGUGUUUGGAGACAGACAGAGCUGCCUUCGUCCGUUUACAGAAGAUGAUGCAUUUGAUCCUAAUGACUCAGACAUAGAUCCAGCAGAAUCCAGAGAGACAGACCUUCUCAGUGGCAUGGAUGGGAAAGGCUCCUACCAAAUGAAGGGCUGGAAGCUCACCCAGCAGCAGUUCAUGGCUCUGUUGUGGAAGAGGAUGCUCAUUGCCAAGAGAAGUCGGAAGGGCUUUUUUGCCCAGAUUGUGCUGCCAGCUGUCUUUGUGUGUAUUGCUCUCAUGUUCAGCCUGAUUGUUCCUCCUUUUGGGAAGUAUCCCAGCCUGGAACUACAACCCUGGAUGUACAAUGAGCAGUACACUUUUAUUAGCAAUGAUGCUCCAGAAGAUGCAGGCACUCACAACCUUUUGGAUGCCCUUCUUGAUAAGCCAGGGUUUGGGACACGCUGUAUGCAGGGACAUUCCAUCCUGGACACUCCUUGUACUGUGGGGCAGAAGGAAUGGACCACUGCUUCAGUCCCAGAGUCAGUGCUGGACAUCUUCCUGAAAGGCAACUGGAGCAUGGAAAAUCCUUCCCCAUCUUGCGAGUGUAGCAGUGAGAAGAUCAAGAAGAUGCUGCCUGUGUGCCCCCCUGGUGCAGGGGGCCUGCCACCCCCACAGCGUGAGCAAGACACAGCUGACAUCCUCCAGAAUCUGACAGGCCGCAAUAUAUCAGACUACCUAGUGAAGACCUAUGCGCAGAUCAUUGGGAAAAGCUUAAAGAAUAAAAUCUGGGUGAAUGAGUUCAGGUAUGGUGGCUUUUCCUUGGGAGCCAGCAGUUCCCUUGUGCUUCCUCCAAGUCAUGAAGUCACUGAUGCUGUUAAACGGGUGAAGAAAAUUUUGGAGCUGGCGCAGGGGAGCUCUGGGGAUCGAUUUCUCAACAGUUUAUCAAGUUUCAUGAAAGGCCUGGAUACAAAGAACAAUGUGAAGGUGUGGUUUAACAACAAGGGCUGGCAUGCCAUUGCAUCCUUCCUGAAUGUGAUCAACAAUGCCAUCCUUCGGGCCAACCUCCAGCAGGGUGAAAAUCCCAGUGCUUAUGGGAUCACUGCCUUCAAUCACCCACUCAACCUCACCAAGCAACAGCUCUCUGAAGUAGCUCUGAUGACCACCUCUGUGGAUGUCCUUGUGUCCAUCUGUGUGAUCUUUGCUAUGUCCUUUGUUCCUGCCAGCUUUGUGGUUUUCCUUAUUCAGGAACGUGUCAGCAAGGCUAAACACUUGCAGUUCAUCAGUGGUGUGAAGCCUGUUAUCUACUGGCUGGCCAACUUUGUGUGGGAUAUGUGCAACUACAUUGUUCCGGCCACACUAGUUGUCAUCAUCUUCAUCUGCUUCCAACAGAAGUCCUAUGUAUCCUCCUCCAACUUGCCUGUGCUGGCUCUCCUCCUGUUUCUCUAUGGGUGGUCCAUCACCCCUCUCAUGUAUCCGGCCUCCUUUGUGUUCAAAAUCCCUAGCACGGCAUAUGUUGUGCUGACCAGUGUGAAUCUCUUCAUUGGCAUCAAUGGCAGUGUGGCCACCUUUGUCCUGGAGCUCUUCACCAACAAUAAACUCAAGGACAUCAAUGACAUCCUGAAGUCUGUCUUCCUUAUCUUCCCUCACUUCUGCCUGGGCCGCGGACUCAUUGACAUGGUGAAAAACCAGGCUAUGGCUGAUGCUCUGGAGAGAUUUGGAGAGAAUCGGUUUGUGUCCCCUCUGUCAUGGGACCUGGUGGGAAGGAACCUCUUUGCUAUGGCAGUAGAAGGUGUGGUGUUUUUUCUCAUCACAGUGCUCAUCCAGUACAGGUUCUUCAUCAAACCCAGGCCUGUGUAUGCCAAGCUGCCUCCUGUGAAUGAUGAAGAUGAGGAUGUAACCAGAGAGAGGCAGAGGAUAAUUAGUGGAGGAGGACAGAGUGACAUUUUGGAAAUCAAGGAGCUAACCAAGAUUUACAGAAUGAAGAGAAAGCCAGCAGUUGAUAGGAUCUGUGUUGGAAUCCCUCCUGGAGAGUGCUUUGGACUCCUGGGAGUAAAUGGUGCUGGCAAGUCAUCCACUUUUAAGAUGCUAACUGGUGAUACAGAUGUGACGGGAGGAGAAGCUUUCCUCAAAGGAAACAGUAUCUUGUCCAACAUCCAGGAAGUCCAUCAGAACAUGGGCUACUGCCCACAGUUCGAUGCUGUUAAUGAACUGCUGACAGGGCGAGAGCACUUGGAGUUCUUUGCACUCUUGAGAGGUGUUCCAGAGAAAGAAGUCUGCAAGGUAAAUGAAACACCACAGGACCCACCCCCAUGACCAACUCACAAGUUCUUGCUUGCAUGCACCAUCCCUGCAACUCAUGUAAUGCCAUGAUGUGAAGCUGUUGAAGAUAGUGUAGAGUGAAAUCUGCCCCCCUUUUCUUCAGGGAAACCCAAGAGUUCCUCUGUUUUUUCAGUGUUGCCUGGAAAACUGUACUAAAUGGAAGGGCUGAUAAUUUGGAUCCUGUGUUCUCAUAGUGAAUGCUCUUUUCCACUGAACAACUUUCUUCCUUUCAGAAUUUAAGGGCUGUGGAGCUGCAGGUCACUGUCAAGUGUUAAUUCUUUAAAGUCCCUGGAAACAAACAAACACUAUAUGCUUAGCAGAAGCCUUGUGCUGAGUUUUAAAAGCUUUCCAGUUGAUCAUGGUGCAUCAUUAAAGUGCUGCUAUUUCAGCAUUCAGAUAUGAGGUUACAAUUACAGUCUUCAGGCAGGUGAUGACAGCUGCCGGUACCAUGCAGCACCCUUCUCAGUACUGUUUCCUGGAAUUAAGUUUUUACUGUAUGAGACCUGAGUGCUCUAGGUAGAUGAUAUCUAGGGUAAUGUCCAAGUAGCUUGAAACCUUCUGUAAGGGUAGAUGU